GAAAUCUAGGCGGGGUGAGCUCAACAUUUCAGGGGUGUCGUCAGGGCAUGGGAGAGAGUGGCAGCACCCCAAAUCUCCAGCUCGCACAGUCGCCACGUGUCAGGGAAGCAGCAACCCCCCAGCCCUCCCUCUCCAGCUAUGCACCCGCCGCUCCGCCCCUGUCUCCUUCCCCUUCCCCUUCCCUCAUCGCACCGCCUCUUUUCCCUGUCCUUUUUUCGAAUUAAAACCCUCAUUCCUCGUAACCAUAAACCAUCGCCAUUCCUUCUUCUUCCCCUGCUCUCCUGCUCCCGCUCCCGCUUCUUCCUCUACAGAAUUUUUGAAUUUCAUUAGCAUAUCCUCUUCGAAACAACGAGCGCACCUCCGAGAAAAUGGUUUCUCUCUCUUUCCUUUUCGUCCUUUCCCCUUCCCCCUUCGUUUUCUAAAAGGUAUGGAGUGUUUUGCUGCCCAGAAAAGAUAAUGUUGCAGUGCCUAGAGGGAGUGAGACAUCUGUGUGCUGUUGUGCUGAAUUGUUGCGAUGCUGAAUUAUAUAGGCAACCUAAGGGUCUGGAAGACCCAGAAGCUCUUGCAAGGGAGACUGUGUUUAGUGUCAGUGAAAUAGAAGCACUAUAUGAACUAUUUAAGAAGAUCAGCAGUGCUGUAAUUGAUGAUGGUCUGAUCAACAAGGAAGAAUUUCAACUGGCACUAUUUAAGACAAACAAAAAGGAGAGCCUGUUUGCUGACCGGGUAUUUGACUUAUUUGACACAAAGCACAAUGGGAUUUUAGAUUUUGAGGCGUUUGCACGUGCUUUGUCAGUCUUUCACCCCAGUGCACCAAUUGAUGAUAAGAUUGAGUUUUCAUUCAAAUUAUAUGAUCUUAAGCAACAAGGUUUUAUUGAGAGGCAGGAGGUUAAACAAAUGGUAGUGGCUACACUUGCUGAAUCUGGGAUGAAUCUUUCAGAUGAUGUCAUAGAAAGUAUCAUUGACAAGACCUUUGAGGAAGCUGAUACCAAACAUGAUGGGAAGAUUGACAAGGAGGAGUGGCGAAGCCUUGUUGUACGGCACCCAUCGCUUCUGAAGAAUAUGACACUUCAAUAUCUCAGGGAUAUCACCACCACAUUCCCCAGUUUUGUGUUCCACUCUCAAGUCGAUGAUACCUGAGAGAACAAAUCUCCAUUGGGUCAUGGCAGUUUCUUCAUGGAUAAUGUGGAAAAAAAUCUCUGAGGAUACCUGAGGGCACAGGAAGGUUGUUAAAUAUGUUCAAUAACUAGAAUUUCUCCUCUCUCUCUCUCUCUCUCUCUCUCUCUCUCUAUUUUUUUAUUUUUAUUUUUUUGAGGCGGCUUUUAUCUUUGAACAACCGGGGUGCAAUUGUUGUAUAUUCUUGUGUGCCCUUCAAUGAGGGGGGAAAAAGAAAAGAGCUAGAGCUUGAGUUUUGCUGUGUAGAAUUAUUAGAGAUUGGCUGCGCUCUGUCAAUAAUUUUGGUUAAGUGUAUGCGUAUAUAUUUUCCACC